AUGAAUACCAUGAGCGUACCAAGGAACUCUCAAGACGGUGGUGUGCUGAGCUUUGGUGUUCAGUGCGACAUCCGCGUGGCCGGUCAACUAUCGACAACUUCACCACAAGGCAAGGCGGCAAACCUCAGAAAAAAAUAUAUUGCGAGCCCAAAGCUGGCAACUGGAACCCGUCUGAGCAUUUUCCCUUUCCCAUUACCUACGACCAUGAGUUCCUUUCAUGAAUGUCUAUCCAAUGAAGCAACUCCGGCAGCCAAUGUUAGUGGAACACCUAUCACGACCCAAGUCCGCAACACGUGUUACAACUGCGAGCCACCCCCUUUACAGAAUAAAAUCAAGUCGACGCUUGCAUAUGAAAUGAAGGACAGAUUUGUCGGUCCGCUAGGAGCUGAGCAGUUCUUGAUGGACUAUUUACCUUGCUCUGCCUCCAUGCCACCUGCUCCUCGUCUCAGCGAGGAGGAGCUCGAGACUCUCAAAAUGGUCGCUGCGGCAACAUCAGAAAUUGAUAUGUAUUCAUUAUUUAAAAUGGCGCUGAAGAGAUGCACGCGUGGUAUGGCGUUUGCGGAUAUGGGCAGCAAAAUGGUGAAGGACAGUUUCCCGUUCAGACCGUCCCCCUUUUGCCUUUAUGAAGAGGCAGUUACAACUUCCGGAGAGACAGCUUUUUCCACAACGGAGAUGUGCAUUGACGCCAAACCCUCCUUUUCAUACGACCCUUUCGAGGACCCCGACGCGAAGUCCAAUAAUCCAUUUGAAAAAGACACCGUAGAAGCCAACGACAUGCGGGGGGACAUCUCUAUUUUCGAAUCUUCGCAUUCUCCGUCAUCGUGGUCGAAGAUCACGCCCUGCUUUGUGCGAUGGGACCGCGCCGGUGCAAUUGUCAGCACCUGCUUCAAUUAUUUGGAGAGGUCUGACCUUCUGGCCAACUUUUUCUGGAGGUUUUCUCACUUAUCGCAUGAGGAGAGAGGCUAUGACUCUUCUGUGUUUCCAUCGGCACUUUCUGAGCAUGAAGCACAAAAAGUCCGAAAAACCUUGGAUUUAAAGGCAGGCACUCCACUUUCCGCUUUUACAGUAACGUACAAGGACAGUGACAAAUUGUUCUAUGGUCCUCGUCUUCCCCUCCCUGUUUGCUCUCUCAUUGGCCAGUCGACUCGCAUGAUUCCCGUCUGUGGCUUUGUCAAUGGGGAACCUGGUCAGAAGGUAUUUCUAAAGGAGUACUGGCGACCAGCGGGAAUGCGGGGUGAAGCCGAGGUUUACGAGCAUUUGAUAAAGCAUGAUAUUCCGCACAUCACACCACUGCUGUGUGGAGGAGACGUGCCUCGUAAUGAAACAAGAACACAUUGCCGUGCAAAGAAGGCCAAUUCGUGCUUGAUUGGUCAUCGGUAUCUCCAUAGGCUGGUGCUCGGGUUUGUGGGGCGUCGCCUCACUCAAUUCAAUUCCACAAGGGAACUGACUCAGGCUGUCUAUCAUGCCAUGGAAGGUCAACAACUUUCGUUUGAUUUAUGGGCUAUUAUUCCAGCUCACUCGUUGUCUCUGCGUACAGCCCAUUGGAAAGCAUUUCAAAAAGCAGGGGUCCUGCAUCGCGAUGUCAGUGUAAACAAUAUCCUUAUCGAUGAGAAUGGCAACGGUGUUCUGAUCGAUUGGGAACUCGCCGUACUUAAUGAUGACAAAAGUGACUUUGAAGUGCAAGAUCGUGUCGGAACGUGGCAGUUUAUCUCCGCUGCAUUACUCAAAGAUCCUGGACAGACACAUCACCUCGUGGAUGACAUAGAAUCGUUUGUCCAUGUCCUCGGAUGGAUCGUCAUGUGUUAUGUCCCCAACACUAUGGACAGAAAUAUAUGCAAGGACUUGGUGUCGUUGCUGUACGAUCACGGCUUCAAGCUUUCGACCGGCAGGGAAGUGGGUGGACUCUGCAAGGCAACCUAUUUGGCAUCGAGGAAUUAUCCUCCCGCAGAGUUCAAGCUCAAAACGCAUUCACCAAUUCUUGCCCUUAUACGGACUCUCGCCUCACCUUUCUACGCACGCUACGGCAUUCCAUCAACUGAAGAAGAGAAACAAGCUUUCGAGCGUAUCAAAGCUGGCGUCUCUGAAGGUCUGGUCGAUGAGGAGUUACCUAGUACCCCAUCAGUACACCGGUUCCUCAAAACUAUUGAGGAUGCUCUUGCGCGUCCGGAUUGGCCAAAGGAGGGAAGAGGUGAUUCUGCCCUCUUAUCAGACGCCGAAGGAACUUCCGAACAACGGCUUACUGAAAAAUUCACUGAGACUCAAGCUCAACUAGUGUCUGUGCCUUCAUAUCCAUUGAAGCGGUUGACUACUCUGCCUCUGCCAGACCCUCCGGACAAACGUGCUCGCUUGAAUAACAACCAUAGUAGUGGCGAGGAGAAAAUGUCUGUCUGGCAACGCCGUGAAGGGACAAGCUCUUUACUAGUGUACCGGUACGUGCAUGCUGAAGAACGCUCGUCGCCGGACCUAGACGAGAAACUUCUUCGCGUGGACGACAACCCUGGCAAGGGCAUCACAUAG